UCAUGGCGGAAGCAUCGUUUCAGAAACAAACACCGCAGGUUAAAACUUUUAACCGAUACAGAUCGUCUUUGGUGUGUCUGACAUGGCUGCACCGAGAGCGUCGUCCCUGCUGCUUGCGUUCAAAGCAAAGAUUGAAGAGUCGGUUGCACUGGUUCCCGACAUGGUGGCCGAAGAAAAGUUGAAAGCUGUUCAGUUUUGGAAUGUGGUUUCGGAAAGGCUACAACAGAUUGUCAAUGACAGCGCUGCCGACAUCAACGCGCUGGCACUCAACAUGCAUGGCGAGGAUAUCAAUGUGGCUUCACUUCACGAUGAACAAGAAUCGCAAGCAAAAAUGGCACAGCCCUACAUUGAAGCUCAUGCCUAUAGAUCGGAAAACCUGUACACGGAAGCCGUCGAAGAGUUUGAUGUCACGGCCGCAUCGGAAGGCCACCAGCAGGAACUUCUGGCACUGUCCGCCGAGCUCGAGCAAGUGGGUUCGUCACAGCCACCUGCACAGGGAAAUUUCAACAGCGUGCCUCUGGAGCAGGGGAGCCUUGACGUGUCCGAAGGGUCACUUUCCAAGGACUCUACAGUGCUGCUCAUUUCAACUCAAGCAGAGGACUGCCCAGCAGAUGCCACUUUUGAUGUUGCACACCAGCAGAGCCACAAUCCUGGGGUUUUAUCGCAGCAUGAGUAUGGCCCAAGCAGCAGUCUAGUCCUUCAGAUGCCAGCAAAGACAGAAAACCUAGAACAGAACAAGGACGACUCUGAGCAAUGGCAGUCCUGUCCAGAGUAUGCCACCAAGCCAAAGGUUCAGAGGAAACGACGUCCUUCGGCAAGGAAAACGAGUGCAAAGAGCUCUGCUAAAAGAAGUGCCACAGCAGGUGUCAGAAAGGCAACAGGGAUUCCGACUGCCACUGAUCUGAGACCUUCUGAUCCAGCAUCAAAUAUUCAGUUAGAAAGCACUCAGGGUGUUGAAACUACUGAAGUAAUUGUGAUUCAGACUCGGAAGAGGCCUAAGAAAUCCAAGGAGGAGAAGGACAGGCAGUGCAAGGUCUGCCUGAAGGAGCUACCCAACAAUUCGUCAUUGACGACCCACAUGUGGACCCAUGAACGGCCAUUUGCUUGUGCAGAAUGCAGUGCUCGUUUUUCCACAAAAAACAACCUCGUGGUUCACCAAAGGACUCACUCAGGUGAAAAGCCAUAUGCAUGCAAUGAAUGCAAUGCCAGCUUCUCAACACGAGGCAACCUCAAGCGGCAUGUGAAGACACAUACAGGCGUCAAGCCCUGGAAAUGCAGCCACUGCGAGCAAUGCUUUACCGAGAAGAAGACUUUAGUUGCUCACAUGCGCCGACACACCGGCGAGAAGCCCUACCAGUGCCAGGUGUGCCAGCGGCGCUUUGCUCAGUCGGGUGUCCUGCGCAUGCACAUGGCCGUGCACUUGGGCCAGAAGUCGCACCUGUGUGAGCACUGUGGCAAGGCGUUCCGGCAGCGCUCACAACUGCACCUGCACAUGCAGCGGCAUCAGGGGCUGCGCCGCUACACCUGCAACCUCUGCCCCUCAAAGUUCCUCACCAAGGCUGACAUGCUGCGUCACGAGCGGACACAUACGGGAGAACGCCCUUAUGUGUGUACUCUCUGUGGAAAGAAAUUCACGCGGCAGCAGUCACUCAAUGAGCACACCAACCGCCACUACGGCAUCAAACCUUUCGAGUGCAAGUACUGCGACAAGACGUUUGCUGAGAUGUCGGCAUGUUAUAAGCAUAUCAAGCUUCACUCCAAGACUGAGAAUGGGGAGAAUAAUGGAGGUGCUCAGAAUGCCAUGAAAACGACUGAGGCACGCAUUCCACCACUCACUGGGACGUCCCUGCAGACUGCGGGGAGCACGCAGUUAGUGACUUCAGCUGCUGAAUCUAGUAGGAUAGUGUCAACACUGACAUCUGCGGCCGGUAACAGGCACGAGGCACUGAAAGGCUCCGAAACUCUGACUUCACAUGAGGCUGCAGUGACUGGAGCGGCGCAUGUCACUGGUGUGGCCCACCCGCCCGAGCUCUCGGCCAUGGACUUACUAGCCACUGCUUCAGGCUUCUAGGGCUGGCAUUUGGAGAGAGCACAGUGGGACUGCAUGUGUGUGUGUAUGUGUAUGCCACGAGGACAUUUGUUUUAUUUAUGAGACGCUAGGAGUGAUGAAAAUGACGAACGCAAGUUAUUGCCAAAGCUAACUCGGUGUGUUAGUAUUGUAUGUAUCUAUUAACAGUUUUCAUACGCAGUGAUUGUGAGAUUUGCUAGCAUCCAUGCCCAGAAAGUGGUGUGGUGUGGCCUAGCUUACUGUCGUUGAGUUAUAGUUAUAUAAGGCUAACCAUAGUUACCUGUAUGCAAAAAAAGGAGCACAACAUGAAGGCAGGACAAGCGCUUCUUAUCCACUGAAGAUUUAUUCCGCAAAAGCGUGUGAAUCUAAGCACAACAAUCUUGGAACAAGCAAAGGAAAUCCUCAUCCUCAUUGAUAGAUGGUGAGCCAUCAAUGACUUCUGUUUCAUCUUUUGAAAACAUUAUCGAUGCCAGAUUGAUGUGCGUGCCUUCAUGCUGUAUAAUGUUGUAUGAUUCACUUACUUCACAUGUGCGUUACCCACCAUGGUGGCGCAGUAGCUAUGUCGUUCUCCUUCUGAGCACAAGUUCAUGGGCUCGAUUUCUGGCCACAGUGGCUGUAUUUCAAUGGGGGUGAAAUGCAAAAACGCUCAUCUCCUUAGAUUUAGGCGUACGUUAAAGAACCUUAGUUGGUCAAAAUUAAUCCGGAGCCCUCCACUACGGCAUCUCUCAUAGCCCCGGUUUUGCUUUUGUACAUUAAAUCUCGUGAAUCAAUCAAUCAAUCCAUCACGUGUACACCAAUCACGAUGCCUCGUGAUUAUCAACAUGCUGCCAAAAGAACAUUGGUGACGAUCACACCACAGCUGAGAACCCAGUAUACCUGUUCGUUGAUCGCAAUGUGUAGCUUCCAACUUGCCCACUUCAUCAUCCUUCUAUAUUAAUCUGUCUUAGUGUUGCUCUGUUAUCUAUACAUGUGCUCAUUUAUGCUGUAAGCCGAACCAGGGUAUUUAUAGCCUUUUAAGAAAGCGCAUUCUCACUAUUCUGUCUAGUCAGCUGCAUUUUAAUUAGCAGCAUUAUUGUUUGAGCAUUGCACAUAUUGUAUGUUUAUGGUGCUUGCAAUGUUGAUACUUGUACAGUUCAACCUUGAUUUAACAAUACUGAUGGGACCUGAAAAUUACUUCAUUGAUAAAUGGAGGACUUCGUUAAAUCGAAAGCACUUAAAACAUUUUAUGCAAAUAACAGUAUAUUAAGACAAGUGCAAAGACCAAGAAGUUGUACUUUCUGCCUGCGUAUACACUUAUCGUAGGCAGCCAAUUUUGUGUUCUUUCAUGGGAGUGGCAAACCUUCUUAGCAGGUUUCUGUCACCUGAAUUGAAACUGCCGUGCCCAUAUUUUCGCGCCAAAAAUCCAAGGCCACCUAAGCACUUCUUAUGAGUUGUGAAAGCAUUAAUGUCCAAUUGAAUGGCGCUGAGCGGUCCUUUGAGUUUCGUGCUGCGAGUAUGUACCUAUCUAGGAGGCUGGCAUGCUAGGAAAGGGAACACCUGGCACGCUACUGUGGCACAGGUGUUCCCUUUCCUAGCUCUGCUCCGUCGAGGCGCAGCUUGUGACGUGGCGUCACAGCCAAUGGGAACUCCGUCGAGGUGCGCUCGUGACGUGGCAUGGCAGCCAAUGGCAGUGCGAGUUUAGGUGCCAUUUCGCUGCUACAGAUGACAGACGCUGGAUUUUUCGCUUAAUGGGCCAUUUGACGCUUUCACAUCAAAAACAUCAUCAAGUAGCUUAAAGGUUGGGUUCACUUCACUGCUUCGAGGCUUUUGAUGCUUUAGGCUGUAUGAAUCUGUGUUGGAGAAUCAAAAACGCUUUGUUAAGCUGAAAUUUUGUAGAUCGGGUUUUGUUAACUUGAGGUUUGACUGUACAUAGCACUCAGUGCCUUGUACGUAUGUGUUAUACUAAUGUGCAUAAUUUUUGUCUACAGUGAAUGAAACACCACUAAUAGUACAUUCGACUGGUCACUUUCGAGCGCUGUAGCGCACUCUCAAGGUAAGAUUUACAUUUGGCAGUUUGAAAUCGAGUACUCGGAAGAGAUUCGCCCAGUUCAUUUAGAGUGCCGUGCUCUAUCUCUGAGCGCUCAGAGGUGCUCAGAGGCUCUCUCACCUUUGAGCUGGGAACGUGAAUGAGAACCAACAGAUUUCCAAUCAUGUGGAUCCUCCGAUUGCUCUUGGCUCGAACAUGCUUUCUGCGGUUCAUAUGUUGAGAGGCCUCUGCAUCACUUCAAACCGGUUCGGAAUGUCGUGAGAAUCAGUCGAGUGUACCACAAGAUUGUUCGAGCUAUUUUAUCUGAAACAUUCCAGUGCAAACUCGUUAAGAUUUAACUAAUGUAAUAGUUUUAGUGGCCCUUCAUCUGUGAUAACAUCUGGUGUACAUAGAUUAUUGCAUUUUCAUUGUGUACAUUUUUUACAAAAAUGGAGAGUUAUUAAACCAUCUUUAUUUUGUGCAA